GACCAUUCGUUCACAGUUUAGAUGAAAAUUUCAAUAAACUUAAAGAAUCAAAAAAAAUCACUAAUAUUCAUGAUUGUCAGAUUUUUGCUUCAAUAAUGAAUAAAGAAUUCAGAGACAUAUUUUCUAUACGUGUGGAAUAUGAAGAUAAAGGCACACCAUUAAUUAUUGCUCAUCAUAUUACAAGUAUACAGAACAUGAAAAACAGACUUAUAAAAAUAGCCAGCAAAAAAGAUCUUAAACUUAAGAUUGGAUGGAUUAUAGUGGGUUAUCCAGAAACUUUUGAUUUCGAUAAUACUGAAAUGAUACUCAGAAGUAGUGAACAUACUGUCUCAGAAGAAGGAGACCGUCUUGUGGCCGAAAAAAUCCCAGGUUACUUGUGUACAUGUGUAAUUGCUCCAAAUAAUGAUGUAUCUCAAACUGAGGAAACUAGUCAAUCUACACAGGCUCAAGUAGUGUCAGAUUCUAAUCAUAAUCCAUUUGACUCAAAGUUAAUUAUUGUAAAUUUUCUUUAUAUUAAAUUAAUAUUUAUUCCUUAUAUUGAUCAACUUGAUUUGUAUAGCACUGUUUAUAAAGGAAACUUUGAUCAAAUUUCCGAAUGGAAAAAGUUGGAUAAAAACAUAUUUUGCGCUGACUUUCCGGACAAAAACAAUUUCAAAAGCCCUAUAUUGGUUAAUCAGCUCGUUAAAAAUUGUUCAAAUAACUGUCAACAGUAUCAUGGAUUUCUUAAUGUAGGUUCUAAGAAUGUUAUAUAUGGUCCAUUGGAUCCAAGACCUUCGGAGAUUUUUUACUUGGUAGUCCCUAAAAUUAAUUAA